UAAAAUUAAUGAAAUGGAAAGUGAACUAAAUGAAAAUAAUUUGGACUUUAUGGCGCUAAAUCUUCAAAAUUCUUAUUUCAUCGAAGAAAAUAAAAAACUUUCAAAAAUGAAUAAGGAUUGUUUUGAACAAAUUAAAAAUCUUUAA